CCCGAUCAAAAGCAGAGGAAGCCAAGAAAGAAACAGAAGAUAUAGACUUUGAUUUUGAUCGAUAAAACGUUUAAUUUUCCAGAUGGGGAAACGAAAGGACGCCGCUGCCGAAGAGGAAGUCAAAAGAGCAGAGUCCCCAGUUGAUGAGGGCGGCCACAGGAAGAAACACAAGAAGAAACAUAAGAAGCACAGGAAGAAGGAGUACACAGCCGAACUGUCGUCUGAGACAUGCACGAGUGACUCCACAGGACAGCCGCAACUCAAGCUCAAAAUCAAGAUAGGUGGUAUGACUCUUGGCACCAAGAACAUCCCCAAGAUUGCGACACCCGAGGACAGCAGUGAGGGAGAGGCCUCCAAGCAGUGGGAAGAUGAAGACAGUACCCAGCCCCCUGAUGAGGCCCAGCCCAGCAUCACUCAGAAGGAGGCAGAUGAGAAGGAGGAGGAGGAGUGGCUGGAGGCUCUGGAGAAGGGAGAACUUGACGACAAUGGGGAGCUGAAGAAGAUGAGGGACCCCGCCCUGCUCACAGCCAGACAAAGAGCCUUGAGAUAUGGGACCCCUGAAGCCACCCAACAUCUACUGGAACUUCCCUCUGGGUACAAACCAAAGGAAGAAACAGAAGAAAUGAUUCAGAAAAGGAGGCAACGAGCCCAGAAGCGGAGAAUGCAGGCUGCCAAGAAGAAUGAAGAAAGCAAGAAAAAGACGGUAGAGAGACUACUGAAGCGAGAGGCAACGAAACAAAAGCAACAGAAGGCUAAAACUCUCCGCAGUAAGGGACAUAUCCCCAUUGUGACUUACAUCAACAGCCAUGAUAGAGUGACACUAUCUUUCCCACCGGGUGUGACCUGCCCUUUGACCCCACAGGUCGCGACCCCACCUCCCAAACCUCAGCAGAAAUGCGGAGUUCCCGGCUGUACCAACAAGAAGAGAUAUUCCUGUUCUAAGACUGGUGUUCCUCUCUGUAGCUUAGAGUGUUACAGAAAGAACAAAAAGAGCCAUGGCUUGGCAUAAGAACAUCAGUAUUUGUAUCAUGAAUCUAAUAAGAGAUGAUCAUUUUGUAUAUACAUGUACAUGAUGUAUAGUUAUUCAUAGUGACAGAACACUGACUAUGUUUUUAGUGUGAUGAUGAUAACUUUCUAGAGUUUGUACCUUGUAAGCUGUGUGUUUUGGAUAUCAUAAUACAACAUAUAUGACAUCGACCUACUGUUUGAAUAUGUACUAUUCAUUGUAGAACAUUUUGUAUCCUUACUUUACCA